GGUGGAUUUGAUCAAGGAGUAGUGCAUGAAAAGUAUCAUAGGACCCAACUGCUGCAUUUUGCUCACCGGUCCUGUUUUCCUUAUGGCUACCUUUCAGCGAACCUCCGUAUCAGCCUGUCUACACUAGAAGACCCCCGCUCAUGCAGCAGUGGGCCGGCAGUAGCUGCGCAUCUCUUGAACCACAAUCCAUCGCAGCUAGCAGCAUGCUCUAACAACCUUCUAUCUACCAUCUAUUUUGACAAACAUCUACCCUCCCAUCCCUUCUCCAGACAGACUUCCUCACUCUAACAUAUUAACAAGCACAACCAACUAAGAUGUCUCACCCCGGCAUCCUCCACCACUACACACCCCGCCUCGUCGCCUUCGAAUUCACCCCUCCCAACAGCACCCCCACCACCAACGCGCUCCUCUUCAUCGGCGGUCUAACCGACGGCCUCCUCACAGUCCCCUACGUCCCAACCCUCGCCUCCGCCCUCUCCUCCACCCCCAACAACACAUGGAGCGUCUUCAACGUCCUCCUCACAACCUCCUACCAAGGCUGGGGCGUCAACAGCCUGGACCGGGACAUCGAAGACCUCGCCCAAUGCAUUAACUACAUCCGCAAGCUCAAAGGCCCCGAAUCCAAAAUUGUCAUAAUGGGCCACUCGACCGGCUCGCAAGACGUGCUUCACUACCUCUCCGCCCCGAACCCAAUCCCACAAAACCCCUCCGUCAACGGACUCCAAUACCUCACCAGACCUCCCGUCGACGGCGCAAUCAUGCAAGCCCCCGUUUCUGAUCGCGAGGGGAUGCACAUCACCAUUACUACGGCUGAGGCGCGAGGUGCGUACGAGCAGCUGGUUGGGCUAGCGAAGGCUGCUGUGGCUGAGGAUCCGAGAGCUAUUUUACCGUUGAAUUUGACGAGUUUGGUGGGGUUGGAUGCGGAGACGCCGGUGAAUGCAUGGCGGUUCUUGAGUCUGGCGAGUCCCGACAGUCCGGGGUCUCCAAGCCAGGAUGAUUUGUUUAGUGCGGAUCUUGGGGAUGAAAGGCUUAGGGAGACGUUUGGGGUUGUGGGGAAGAGGGGAUUGUUGAGGGGAAAGCUUAUGGCGCUGUAUUCGGGGGCUGAUGAGUAUAGGAUGCCUGGGUUGGAUGUGGAGGGGUUGAUGAAGAGGUGGCAGAGAGCGACGGAUGAGGGGGCUGAAGAGGUGAAAUGGGAUGCGGAGGGGAGUGCGGUGGUUGAGGGGGCGAGUCAUAAUGUGCAGGAUGUUGGGCAGGAGGAGUUGGUGGAGAGGGUGAGGGGGUAUUUGGCCGGAAUAUAGCCUAUAUCUAUAGAUAGAUAGAUAGACAGACAGACAGCAGACCGACAUGCAUUGAACCCAGUAAAUACUAUACAGAGCACU